CUCCUUGUAUUUUAUUUAUGCCUGAAUCAUAAUUAGACAAAACAUAGGACACUUCCACAGAACCCGCGAGCGGGUUCGGAUGAAAUUUUGAAGUUUUGACGUUUUGACGCGCGGGAUACAGCACAGCAGAGUGUGUGUUUUCCAAUUCGCGGUGUGAAUUAGAAAAUGAUCUCGUGAGUGUUUUUAGCGUGAAAAAGUGUGAUGAAAUUCAAAGUUGACACCGCCGAUUUCGUGCGUCGCGUGCGCCGUUUGCACGACACCAACUACAGCUUGACGUAUCGACGCCUGUUCUUCCUGCUGCUCGCGGUGGCGGUGGUGCUGCUGUACUUGGGCCCCUCGAUUUUCCGAUGGCUCUUUGGGGCGCCAGAAGUGCCCAAGGAUCCCCUGCUCCACUGCAUGGAUGACCGCUUGACACCCUUCUACGUGCCCUCGAUGGAGUUCAACGCCAACAUCCGCCACAGUCCGCCUUUCCCGCACGAGAGGAACAUCAUUCCAUACGUGGGCAAUGGAUACUUCGGGCUGGAGAUCCAGGAAGACGCCCAUCUGAGCAUCAAGAGUGGCAGGACGCUGAUGCUGCCCGUGUACUUUCACCCCAUCGUGUCGCUGUCGUCGAAGAAUGCCGGGAAUCAGGAGGCCACAGCCGUGGAUUACGCCUCUGGGAUGGUGCACAGGUUCCAGUGCUUCGAGGAUGGGUACUUUGUCAUCUACAAGUACUACGCCCACCGCACCAUGCCCAAUGUGCUCGUGCAGGAGAUCCAGGUGACCAACACGAAGAAUCAGCUGAUCGACGUGGAACUCGUGCUGCCCAGAAUAUCCGACUGGCCAACGGCAGUGUCGCAGAUCAAGCAUCUCCAGCACGGCUCCAACAUUAUCGAGUACCAAGUGGUCACGGGCUUGGUGGAGCUGAACGACAACAAGGGCCACGCCGUGACAGUGUCAGUGGUGUCCAGACACAUUCCCAGGACGCUGACGCUGAAGAAGCGCGGCAUCACGAAGCUGGAGCUGCUCUCCACCAUCGUGUAUUCCGAUCCCAUUUCCAUGGACAUGUAUCUGAAGGCGCAGGUGAAGGACAGGACGGAGAAGGCGGCGAUUGAGGCGAUGGAGAAGGCGCUUCAAGAAGCAGUGCACGAUGAUUCAGGUGCUGGAUAUUAUGGCUUCCAGCGACGUCAUGCGCGCGUGUGGAACAGUCUGUGGGCGACUGGCUUUGAGAUCAGCACCAGCAAGGCUGAAAACUCCCUCAACGGCGACCGCAUAAACGCCACAAUGUACGCCGUCUUGUCGCAGGCGCGCUCUUAUGAGUUCGAGGAGAGCGUGAGUCCGCAGCGCAAGACGGAGAUCUCCAAUCUGCUAGCCACCGAGGCCGAGGGAUGCUUCGACAGUCACCACACCCUCCAGGCGGAGACGCUGUGGAGCGACAUGUCCACGCUGGAGGAGUUCAACAGCGUCACGAGCUCGUGGAUGUUGACGCUGGAGAAGCAGGGAUGCCACAAUCUCCUCCAUGCCGGCGCCAGUGGUCUCAUCCAAGCCAUGGUGUUGAGCUUCGGCGGCUUCCGCUUCAGCAAUCAACACCUGGAGAUGAACAUCCAUCCGAAAUACCUUCAUCGCGAGUACAACUUCCGGCGUCUGAACUACGGCAACAUGACGCACGUGAAUGUGUCUGUGUCCGUGAAGGACGACAACAAGGCUGUUCUCUACGUCGCCCUGGACAGAUUGGAUCGCAAUUACUAUGCCUGCGAUGCGGGCUGUCUGGACGAUCCUGUGCCUCUCAGUCAGACUCGACGGCGCUUCCCAGUGAAGCUCACGGAACCCUUGACGGCCAUUCUCUACAUCACGGCCGAUCGCCAGCACAUCGAGGAGCUCCACCACGCGAUUCACGUGAAGGAGGUUGUGGAGGCGCCAGCGCACGAACACCACGUGAUUGCGCUGCACAAGCACGGCCACCACUUGGCCGGACUGCCCAAGAUCUUCUGGAUCAGCGUGUGCAGCCUCAUUGUCGUCUUCCACAUCUUCCUGUGCAAGCUGAUCGUGAAGGAAUACUGCGAACCGCCGGACAAAAUGCGCUACCGCUACAGCAAACCAUAAUCCGUGGCACAGCGAGUGAUACUUUCUUUUCUGUUUUCUUAAGACUUUUAUCAAGAGGGAGAUUAACAAGCGCGCAAAUCGAUGUGAAUUAAUUCUUUUUGGCAUAAAUUGUUGAUUUUUUCCGAGUACUUCUGAGCUGAGCUAAAGCACGGUCUUCGGUUUGUCAGUGAGUCUAGAAGUAAAUGGCACGAUUUGGGUCCAAAUUUGAUGUUAAAGCUGCACUAAUUACCCGUCCAAUGACACCUCAAGCUUAAGAUUUCAAGUGUCUUUGAACCCUAAUUCAACCGAGCUCUCGAAAACUUCCACUCGUCAGAACAUUAGAAGUCUUUUUUUCUCAGUGACGCUUUAACAAUACUAAUUAUAAUAAAAGUCUCCCUCUUGACUUUACAACACUUUUGCGUUCACGCCCUUAAGGAAAAAUGGGGCUCAACGAUCGUCAAAGCUGCAAUAAUAAUAAAUUAUAUGUAA